AUGACCUCGGGAUCUUCUUGGCCUGGCGGGAGCUUAGCAAAAGCUUAUUCUCUCUCUCCCCGCAAUGUUGCUCUCCACCUGGACGUUGGGCCUACACUGCUGCUACUCAGCGCAGUGGCGACAUCUGAGAACACAUCUCGGACAAAUAUGGUUCUGUCCUUCAUUCUGAUCCAGAACCGGCAAGGCAAGACCCGUCUUGCGAAAUGGUAUGCACCGUACACGGAUGAAGAGAAGGUUAAGUUGAAGGGCGAAGUCCAUCGUUUGAUAGCUCCUCGUGAUCAGAAGUACCAAUCCAACUUUGUCGAGUUCCGCUCCGCUCCGUCCGCUUCUGGAUCUACUGCAAUCGCUCGUCAGAACCUGUCCUCGACCAAAAUCGUCUAUCGACGAUAUGCAGGGCUGUUCUUCUGCGUCUGCGUCGAUGCCAACGAUAACGAGCUGGCGUACUUAGAGGCAAUACACUUCUUCGUGGAGGUUCUAGAUCAGUUCUUUGGGAAUGUGUGCGAGCUGGAUCUGGUUUUCAAUUUUUACAAGGUCUAUGCUAUACUCGACGAAGUAUUCCUCGCAGGCGAGAUCGAAGAGACAAGCAAGCAGGUCGUAUUGACGAGGUUGGAACAUUUGGACAAAUUAGAAUGA